UUUUGUAGAAAAGAAGUCGAAGAUGGUGCAACAGUCCAAAACUGGAAUGAGAGAUAAUCUUAAUUUGAAAGCUGGCCAUCCUCCUGCAGUGAAGGCCGGCAGGAAACGGGUGGUGAAAAAAAGCAGUGAAGAGAAUGGAACUCCUGACAAAGACGCGAAAAGACAGGACAAACCCAAGUCUCUGGCUACCUCUAGCAGAAUGCAGCAAGUCAGUGUUCUGAUGGCAGGACCCCUUGAAAAGCUUGGCCACGACUUUCCGGAAACUCCCGUGAGCGUCCGGCACAGCAGCGUCCGGCCCUCGGUGGAGAAGCCGCACGCCCCGCGGACCUUCUUCAUCCAGCAGCCACGCAAAUGUUGAGCUGACGUGGUUGCCAUGACAGAGCCAGGAGGACUGUGGGUAGCCAUCUGUGUAAGAUAAACAGGAAAUGUGUUUGAAGGCAUAUCACACGCGCUGGUGAACUUACACAAGUAGCUAAAAAAAAAAAAGGAAAAAACACCUUUAAUGUUUGCUUUCCAUUAAUACAUCUGUUCAAGCUACUUUGCAAUUUUCUAACCUUGCGUCUUUUUGAGCGAGGCUGUACUGCUUAGAUAUACUAUUGCAACACGCUAAGCUAGCCAUUAAUGUGUGUGUUUGCCUGUAUUUUUUUAGUGCACGUAUGAGCCAUUGAAUAACCCAGAGUGAAUUGUGAAUACACAGUGGGCAUUUGUGUAGCAGAAUGACCUAACUUGUCAAAUGAAUGUGUGGUAGCUUAGCAGUUGUUUAGCACUCAAAUAAAUAUGCAUGACAUUACUGGUAAUUAUGCUUUGCUUUAUUUUAAAUUAUAGAUGUUUUCGUCUUUGUUCUUUGGUGGAGGUAUUUUUACAACACUUAGUAAAACUCCUUUUUCCAGCA